AUGGGCUUCUCAGAAAAGCACAUUGCGGUCAUUGGCGGCGGUCUUGGUGGCAUGUCCUUUAUGAACGCUGCCCUGUAUACCGGCCUUGAACAUGUUCAGCUCUAUGAGCAGGCACCCCAAUUCGCUGAAGUUGGCGCCGGCGUCAACAUCACCUCGAACGCCAAUCGAGUUCUCGAUGCCUUCGGUCUGGAAGAGAUAAUCAUGAGACGGUCGUCCCGCCAGCUGCCUUCUUAUAUGGAGUAUCGUCAGUACAAGACUGGAGAGUACUUAGCCCAGAUCAACGAAUUCUCACGACCACCCGCUCGCCUCUUACACCGUGCGCAUCUACUAGAUGCGCUCAAAGAACGGGUACCCAGCUCCAAAAUCAAUCUCGGCAAGCGUCUCGUGUCGAUUGAAUGUGAAGCCGGGGCUCUUUCCGCACCAUAUACCCUCCACUUCGAGGACGGAAGUGUCGCUAAUACAGAUAUUGUCAUCGGAUGUGAUGGUAUUAGGUCAAAUGUACGCCAAUAUAUGGGAUUUGUGGAUUCGCCAAAGUAUUCAGGCCAGGUGGUAUACCGGGGAUUUGUCGAUUAUAAAGACUUGCCUGACGAAACGGCGCAAUUACUUCGAAGAACGGUCAACUUCCGUGGCCCCAAGAAGCAUGUGCUCGUGUUGCCGAUCGGAAAUCAAGAGACCCAGACGGAUCGAGCGGCCAUUAUUGGAUUCAUGACCGAGUCGCUUGAUUCGUGGGAGUCAGAAAGCUGGAUGUCGCGCUCUGAGAUAUCGAGCUUCCAAGAGCACGUGCAGGACUGGUGCUUCCAGGUGCAGCAUAUUGUUGCAGGUCUGUCAAGCACGGCCAAAGGUCUUCAGGCGUCAUCCUCCUGGGCGACUCUGCUCAUUCCACAUUACCACAUCAAGGUCAGUCUCGAGAUACCGACUUCAUUCACGGUCAGCAUUGGAACUGACACUGGUAAACGCGUUAAAGGGCAAGGCACAUGUAUGGCUAUCGAGUCUGGUAUUGCGCUGGCAAUGAUUCUCCGUCAUUGGGCGGGUGAGGAUAUAGAGGCUGCUUUUCAGUUCUACCAAGACCUGCGGAAACCACGCACAGAUCGGGUCACUCAAACGAGCCAAGAAGCCGGCAAGUUGGCUAGCUCAGAUUCACCAAAUGGCAUGACCGAAGGAUUCAGUCCUGAAGUCUUGACUGACCGAAUGAGAUGGAUCAUGGAAUACGAUAUCCUGGAGGAACUGCGUCUCAAGGGUGCCGGAGUUCUUGAGUGCUCACGGUUCGACAAGCGU